AAAACAUGAAGGAAUUAAAGGAACCCAGGCAGCGCAAAGAUAAUAGGCGCCCAGAUUUGGAAAUCUAUAAGCCCGGACUUUCUCGACUAAGGAACAGACCUAAAACUAAGGAGGCUCCUGGGAGUGAGGAAUUUAAGGAUGAGAUUGUAAAUGACAGAGAUUCUUCUGUUGGGAAUGAUUCACAGCUUAUUAAAGUUUGCAAGGAAUUGGACAGCCAACAGCAAAAUGGUCCUACAGAUCCAGAAAAUCGUCAAGCACAGGAGACUUUCUCAAAGACUGUUGGACUAGAGGACCGGAGUCUACGAAUCAUUAAGAGAAUAAAGAAACCUGACCUGCAGAUCUAUCAGCCUGGGAGGCGUUUGCAGACCAUAACCAAAGAGUCAGCUAGCAGGGCAGAUGAGGAAGAAAUCCUCAAUCAAGUGGAACAAUUGAGGAUUGAGGAGGAUGAGUGUAAGGGAAAAGCUGUUAAAGAAGAAGUUGUGAAUAAACCAGACAAAACUGAGGCAGAAAAGAACCAAACUAAUGACCGAGUAAGAACUGCCAAGGGAGAAAAGGGAAAAAAGAUUGAAAAGGGGGAGGGGACAAAGAAGGUGAAUGAUGACUCUGUCCAAGGGAAACCUGGUUCUGUAAAGCGGUACUCCCGAUCAGACAAACGAAGGAACCGCUACCGCACUUGCAGUACCAGCUCAGCUGGUAGCAACAACAGUGCUGAGGGAGCUGGCUUGACUGAUAAUGGAUGUCGCCGGCGGCGCCAGGAUCGGACCAAGGAGAGGCCACGACUGAAGAAGCAGGUAUCUAUGUCUUCAACUGAUUCCUUAGAUGAGGACAGAGUUGAUGAGCCUGAUGGAUUAGGGUCCAGGAGGAGCUCAGAAAGGAAGAAGCAUUUAGAAAGAAAUUGGUCUGGCCGAGGCGAGGGUGAACAGAAAAGCAAUGGUAAAGAAAACCGAGGCACCCUUCGAGUCACUUUUGAUGCAGAAACCAUGAGUAAAGAUUCCCCCAUGGUGAGAUCAGCCAGGGAGAAUGUGGAGAAAAUAAAGUCUGACAAAGGCCCAAGCAGUGGGGGCAAGGGCUCUGAGAAGCAGGAGUUCAAAAAUCCGAAACAAGAACUUCGAAGUCGUGGUCGUGGCAUUCUGAUUCUGCCUGCCCAUACUGCCCUAUCUGUCAGUUCAUCGGGUUCUCCAGAGUCUACACCUUUGGGACCUCGACUUUUAUUUGGAUCUGGUAGCAAGGGAUCUCGGAAUUGGGGACGUGGAGGCACUACGCGCCGACUAUGGGACCCAAACAAUCCUGAUCAGAAGCCUGCUCUGAAAAGCCAGACACCCCAGCUACAUUUCUUGGACACUGAUGAUGAAAUCAGCCCUACAUCUUGGGGUGAUUCACGUCAGGCCCAAGCAUCUUACUAUAAAUUUCAAAACUCUGACAACCCCUAUUAUUACCCUCGGACACCAGGCCCUACCUCUCAGUAUCCCUAUACAGGCUAUAGUCCUAUGCAGUACCCAGUGGGCCCUGCAAAUGGUAUGUAUCCAGGGCCUUAUUACCCAGGCUAUCCUGCCCCCUCAGGACAGUAUGUAUGUAGUCCUCUCCCUGCCAGCACCAUGAGUCCUGAAGAGAUAGAGCAGCACAUGCGGAACAUGCAGCAACAGGAGCUACAUAGGCUUCUCCGAGUGGCUGACAACCAGGAAUUGCAGCUUAGCAACCUGCUUUCCAGGGACCGCAUCAGUACUGAGGGCAUGGAGAAGAUGGCUCAGCUCAGAACUGAAUUACUGCAGCUGUAUGAGCGCUGUAUUCUAUUAGAUAUUGAAUUCUCUGACAAUCAGAAUGUAGAUCAGAUCCUGUGGAAGAAUGCCUUCUAUCAGGUGAUUGAGAAAUUCAGGCAGCUUCUCAAGGAUCCAAAUAUUGAGAACCCAGAACAGAUUCGGAACAGACUCUUGGAGCUUUUGGAUGAGGGUAGUGACUUCUUUGAUAGUUUGCUUCAGAAACUACAGGUUACUUACAAGUUCAAACUGGAGGACUACAUGGACGGGCUUGCCAUUCGAAGCAAGCCUUUACGAAAGACAGUAAAAUAUGCCUUGAUCAGUGCUCAACGCUGUAUGAUUUGCCAAGGAGAUAUCUCUAGGUAUCGGGAGCAAGCCAAUGAUACAGCAAACUAUGGGAAGGCACGCAGUUGGUACCUGAAGGCCCAACAUAUUGCUCCCAAGAAUGGGCGCCCCAGGAGGAAGCUUGAUGCUGUAUAUUAUUAUAUGCGCAGUUUAGCAGCCAGUAACCCUAUCCUGACUGCCAAGGAGAGUCUCAUGAGUUUAUUUGAAGAGACUAAACGAAAGGCUGAACAGAUGGAAAAGAAACAGCAUGAGGAAUUUGAACUGAACCCUGAUCAUUGGCGUAAAGGAAAGAAGUCUACUUUCCGACACGUUGGGGAUGACACUACGCGCCUGGAGAUCUGGAUUCACCCAUCUCAUUCUCGGUCAUCCCAGGGCACUGAGUCUGGGAAGGAUUCUGAGCAGGAGAAUGGUCUGGGCAGCCUGAGCCCCAGUGAUCUGAACAAAAGGUUCAUCCUCAGUUUUCUCCAUGCCCAUGGGAAGCUGUUUACCCGGAUUGGGAUGGAGACAUUCCCUGCAGUGGCUGAAAAGGUCCUUAAGGAGUUCCAAGUGUUGCUGCAACAUAGUCCAUCUCCUAUUGGAAGUACCCGUAUGCUGCAGCUUAUGACCAUCAACAUGUUUGCUGUACAUAACUCCCAGUUGAAAGACUGCUUCUCAGAGGAGUGUCGCUCUGUGAUCCAGGAACAAGCUGCAUCCUUGGGCUUGGCUAUGUUCUCCCUGCUGGUACAGCGCUGCACAUGCUUACUUAAGGACUCUGCCAAAGGGUUGCUGUGGAUGUGUGGUCAACACUAGCUGACUUCUGUAACAUACUCACUGCAGUGAAUCAGUCUGAGGUGCCACUGUACAAGGACCCGGAUGAUGACCUCACCCUUCUUAUCCUGGAAGAGGAUCGGCUCCUCUCUGGCUUUGUCCCCUUGCUGGCUGCCCCUCAGGACCCCUGCUACGUGGAGAAAACCUCGGAUAAGGUUAUUGCAGCUGACUGCAAAAGGGUCACAGUGCUGAAGUAUUUUCUGGAAGCCCUUUGUGGACAAGAAGAGCCUCUGCUGGCAUUCAAGGGUGGAAAAUAUGUGUCAGUGGCACCCGUCCCAGACACCAUGGGAAAGGAAAUGGGAAGCCAAGAGGGAAAACAACUGGAAGAUGAGGAAGAAGAUGUGGUGAUUGAAGACUUUGAGGAAGAUUCAGAGGCUGAAGGCAGUGGGGGCGAGGAUGAUAUCAGGGAACUUCGGGCCAAGAAGCUGGCUCUAGCAAGGAAGAUAGCUGAGCAGCAGCGUCGCCAGGAAAAGAUCCAGUGAUCAAUGAGCUGGAUGGCCUCGCCAAAGGGCAGGAGACAGACCACCGGGCUGGGGGCUAUGCCCGUGUGGUACAAGAAAAGGCCCGAAAAUCCAUCGAGUUCCUCGAACGGAGAUUUGAGAGUCGGGACUCCUGCCUUCGGGCCUUGACCAGCCGUGGCAAUGAACUUGAAUCCAUCGCCUUCCGAAGUGAGGACAUCACUGGACAGCUGGGUAACAAUGAUGACCUGAUCCUCUCCUGCUGCCUGCACUACUGCAAAGACAAGGCUAAGGAUUACAUGCCCACCAGCAAAGAGGAGCCCAUCCGCCUGCUACGGGAGGUGGUGCUGCUGACUGAUGACCGGAACCUGCGUGUGAAGGCACUGACAAGGAAUGUGCCUGUGAGGGACAUCCCAGCCUUCCUUACGUGGGCCCAGGUGGGCUGAGGGGGCCACACUGGGGCCCACCCCCAUGGAACCAUUCCUGAGAGGCCACUAGGCGCCCAGUGUAGCACGGAAGAUGUCCACGUGCCUGAGCCACCAAUCCACCCAGACAAUAAACCAUCCUCUUCCAACCUCACGCCGUGGCCGUGCUGUGGGGGAGUCGCUCCUCACAGAGCCCCUCCCAAGGGUCAGGCGGAAGCUGCUGGGACCCUCCUAGGCUGCCAGGUUUAGCAGGGAGGUGACUGGCUACAGUGACAACAGGUGGACAAGCCAGAUAGGCCACCAAGCUCUCAGCCUUUCUCCCUCCUGUCUAGUUUCAGGGCUGGAGGGAGGCCUACUCACCCCGGGGACCCAGCCACUCUGUAGUGGCACUGGGGCAGAGGUUCCAGAGUUUCCAUCGUAUGCAAGCAAAAUGAUAGAGCCCUCAGUCUGCAGAACCUCUGUCCUGAAUGUCUGAGAGGCUUUUGCUGUCAGGAAGAGAGUGCCCAGGGGGGUCACCAUCUCUCUGAGGCCUAAAUCCCCUACGGACCCACACUGGGUUCUGUCCAUAACAGCAUAACAGCAGCCCUAGCCCUUCACUACACACACACACACACACACACACACACACACACACACACUUCUCUUCCUGUCCACAUCAAUCUUUGUCCUUGCGCUUUGCCCUUGCUUUCCCUUUGGGCAGUCCUGGGUCUAGAGGGAAGGAACGUCUAGUCUUGGGCCAUGCUUCCUGAGUGGCCCUCCACCUGCAUAUGCUGUCAAUUCUUGGUUUUCCUUUCACUCUAGUACCCUCUUGGGGAAAUUUCCUCAGACUCUUCCUGUUCCUUCUUUGUCUGCCUUCCCUUUCUAGUUGGCCCCUUUUAUCACCACUAGGCCCCUCAACUUCCUCACCAUAGUUCCUUGUGGGGCUUCUCAUUCUUAAUCUUCCCCCCUGCCACCUGUGACAGGAACCAAAUAAAGCUUUCCUGGCUGUCCUUCCUUUCCAACCCUCCUCAUACCUGAGAGGCUUCACACUGGUAAAGCUGAACCCAGAGGCAGAGGCAGCCCAGGGCCUGGGGUGUUUGUCCUGUUCCUGGCUUUGUCUUCUGCUUCUCUACCCAGAAGAGGGGACACGGGACCCUUUAGCCUAUGAGGGUUGUUUUUUGUUGUGGUCCCCCCCCCAUGCUGCCCCUCUGUUUACAACCUCACUUGGAGGCUCCCUACCAGGAAUGAAUUCCUUCAGUCCAGCACAGAGGUAAAGGAGGACCAAGAAGGAGAGUAAAUCUCAAUAGGAUCACACAGCCCACUGCCUGACUGUACCACCUUCUGGGAGGAGCAGUGCUUCACCAAGGGUGCUCUGUCCUCUUCAGGCUCGGAUCCUACCAGGAGAGGGCUGUGCAGGAGAGCCCAGGACAGUGAUUUGGGGGGUCCAAAUGCCCAGCGCUCAGAAGACUGCCUUUCUGAGUUGUAAGGCCCAAGAUAAUCCCUUUGAAGGUCCUCUCUCCUGGCUAUGAAGGCCACAGGCUGGGGGUUGAGGGGGGAAGCAGGGAGAACACCUUUCUUCUUUCUGUCCCAUUUGAAACCCUGGUUUUGUUUCCUUAAUAAAUUUUUAGUUAUGAAACAAUUGA